CAGCCUCCUUUUCCAACGUCACAUUGUGCGAGAGACAAAACCCGGGCGCGCCGGAGCUCACACGCGCACGCACGCACAGACGACCCUGUCGCCUCUUCUCUCCUGGCGCUGCGGAGAAAGCCAGUCCUGCCCUCCCUGCCUGGGGCGCCGAGGCUCGCAGAGCUCAGAGAGCAGCCCAGAGCCAGCCCAGAGGGCCAGGAAACCCGGCAGACAAGCCUUCUUUCUCUGCUGCCUGCCCGGGCCGAGACGUCCCAUCCCCCCGCCCUGAACUCCGGUCUCUCACACCCCACCCCUCUGGGUUUCUCCCGGACAGAGCCCGGAGCCGGGUGUGCCCGCGUCCGGAAUCCACGUUUCAGCACUUCGGACAGCGCCCGGACACCCCGGCCCCUCUGGGUUGGCCAUGGCGAGCGUUCAGCAAGGCGAGAAGCAGCUUUUUGAGAAGUUCUGGCGAGGAACCUUUAAAGCGGUGGCCACUCCGCGUCCCGAGAGCAUCAUUGUCGCCAGCAUAACGGCCCGCAAGCCUCUGCCAAGGGCAGAGCCCCAGAGCAGCCCUAUGGUUUCAGCUCAGGAUGGACCAUCAGAAAAACUGGGUCAGCGUUUGGCCACAGAGGCCUUGGGCACCAACAGCUGGGAGAGAGACAAGGCCUUUCGGGAGCUGUGCCUCACCAGAGCACGCAGUGCCUCCCGGGACAAAGAAUUGACACCACUGCCUUCCUCCAGGGGGAAGAAGAAAAAGAAGAAAUCCACUAGGAAGAAGAGAAGGAGGUCCCCAUCCUAUAGCCCAUCGCCUGUCAAGAAAAAGAAGAAGAAAAGUUCCAAGAAACACAAGCGACACAGGUCAUUCUCCAAGAAGAGAAGGCACAGCUCCUCUAGCCCAAAAAGUAAAAGAAGGGAAGAGAAGAGGCACAAAAAACAAUCUCGAAGCCGGCCCCGAAAGUCUCACCGCCACCGCCACCACCGUUGCCCCUCCCGGUCCCAGAGCUCAGAGUCCCGCUCCUCAAGCUGUGAGAGCAGGCACCGCGGCCGGUCCCCAGAGGAAGGGCAGAAGACCCGCCGGAGGCACUCCCGCCGCUGCUCCAAGAUACUCUGCAAGGACAGUCCCGAGGCCCGGCCCAGCUGCCCGCCCAACCAGCCCCUCCAGAUGCCUGGCUUCCUGUCGGCCAGGGGUGUAAUCACUGGGUCGGGGUCUGCUGCUGACCUCUUUACUAAAGCAGCCAGCCCACUCACCACCUCCCGAGGGCGAUCCCAGGAGUAUGACUCAGGCAAUGACACGUCCUCGCCACCCUCCAUGCAAACCAGCUCAGCCAGGUCUCGGGGCCAGGAAAAAGGGAGCCCCAGUGGAGACCUAAUCAAGAGCCAGGAACUCAACAGUGGCAACACCUCUGAUUCAGGGAACUCCUUCACCACCUCUUCACCCCAGAACAAGGGGGCCAGUGUGGAAAAUCUCUCCCCUACCAGCGGGGGUAGAGAAUCAAGAGGAUUCCAGUCACCGUGUCUGGAAUGUGAGGAAGUGAAGUCCAGUUUGGUACCACCCACAGCCCAGAGCUCCCCCAUAAAAGGGUGCUCCCGCAGCUCCUCCUAUGCCAGCACCCGAUCCUCUAGUCACUCCUCCCGAUCUCCAAACCCCAGGACCUCCCCCAGGUACACUCGGAGUAGGUCCACCUCCUCUGAAAAAAGGUCCUACUCUCGCUCUCCCAGCUAUUCCUCCAAGUCUGGCAAAAGGAGUCCGCCCAGCAGAAGCUCCCGACCACGCCGCAGCCCCAGCUACUCGCGCUACAGCCCCAGCAGGGAGCGGGACCCCAAGUACAGUGAGAAGGACUCGCAGCAGCGGGAGCGCGAGCGAGAGCGUCGGAGACGUCGGUCCUACUCGCCCAUGAGGAAGCGCCGGAGAGACUCCCCAAGCCACCUGGAGGCGCGGAGGAUAACCAGUGCCCGGAAACGCCCCAUCCCCUACUACCGGCCCAGUCCUUCUUCCUCCGGCAGCCUCAGCAGCGCCUCCUCGUGGUACAGCAGCAGCAGCAGCCGCUCCGCCAGCCGCAGCUACUCCCGGAGCCGGAGUCCCAGCUGGAGCCGGAGCCGGAGCCGGAGUCGGAGCAGGACCCGCACUAGCAGCAGCUCUAGCUCCCGUAGCCCCAGCCUGGGCUCCCGGAGCCGGAGCCGGAGUCGGAGUCGGAGCCGGAGCCGGAGCCGGAGCUACAGUUCGGCAGACAGCUACUCCAGCACGAGGCGCUAAGCAAGGGCCUUCCCUUGAGCCAGCUGCCCUGUGGGGCUCCCUUUUGCUCUGCCGGCCUCCCCCAUCACCUGCCCUUCCUGCCUUCUCCUUACAGAUUUUGAGAGCUCCUGGACGCUGUCCUUCCUGCUUUCCUGGGGAAGAGAAAAAGAGUGUGCCGGGGGCUUCACCUUCUUGGUCAAGCUGCUAG